CUUCUACCACAAUAAGCCAAAGAACUUGACUUCCAGUGGGCUCAUCAUUUCAUCUGGAUACCAGUGUACACAUAUUUUACCCGUCUUAGGAGGGAGGUUAGAUGCUAAAAAUUGCAAACGCAUCAAUCUGGGAGGAAGCCAAGCAGCUGGCUACCUCCAGCGUCUCCUGCAGCUGAAGUAUCCCGGGCACCUGGCAGCUAUCACUCUCAGCCGCAUGGAGGAGAUCCUGCACGAGCACAGCUAUAUCGCCGAGGAUUACCUGGAAGAAUUGCAAAAAUGGCGGUGCCCUGAUUAUUAUGAAAAUAACGUCCACAAGAUGCAGCUGCCAUUUUCCAACAAGCUCCUGGGCAGCACUCUGACCGCGGAGGAGAAGCAGGAAAGGCGGCAGCAGCAGCUGCGGCGUCUGCAGGAGCUCAACGCCCGGCGGCGGGAGGAGAAGCUGCAGCUCGACCAGGAGCGGCUGGACAGACUGCUCUACGUGCAGGAACUUCUAGAGGAUGGCCAGAUGGAUCAGUUUCACAAAGCGCUGAUAGAGCUGAACAUGGACUCCCCAGAAGAGCUGCAGUCCUACAUCCACAAGCUCAGUUCGGCAGUGGAGCAAGCUAAGCAGAAAAUCCUUCAAUCAGAAGUCACCCUCGAGGUGGAUGUGGUGGACAGCAAGCCAGAGACUCCUGACCUGGAGCCACUAGAGCCGUCUCUGGAAGAUGUGGAAAGCAUCAAUGAUUUUGAACCCUUGUUUUCAGAGGAAACGCCGGAAGUAGAGAAGCCAGUCCCCACCAUCCAGCCCGUGUUUAACUUGGCAGCGUAUCAUCAGCUGUUUGUUGGCACAGAAAGAAUUCGAGCUCCAGAAAUUAUCUUCCAGCCAUCUCUCAUAGGCGAAGAGCAGGCUGGGAUAGCAGAGACCCUUCAGUACAUUCUGGACAGGUACCCAAAGGGCGUUCAGGACAUGCUGGUUCAGAAUGUUUUCCUCACUGGCGGGAACAUGAUGUAUCCUGGGAUGAAAGGCAGAAUUGAGAAGGAGCUGUUGGAGAUGAGACCCUUUCAGUCAUCUUUUCAGGUGCAGCUUGCCUCUAACCCCGUGCUGGACGCCUGGUACGGUGCCCGUGACUGGGCCUUGGACCACCUGGAUGAUGAUGCCGUCUGGGUCACCCGGAAAGACUACGAAGAGAAGGGAGGCGAGUACCUGAAGGAGCACUGCGCUUCCAACGUCUACGUCCCCAUCCGCCUGCCAAAGCAGGCCUCGCGCUCCUCGGAAGCCCAGGCACCUGGCAAAGGCUCCGGGGCCAGUGCAGGCGGUGCUGGCGAGCAGGCAUAGCAGAGGGGGUCGCUCCGCGACCGUGCCGGCCAGCGUGACAGGACAGUGACUGUGCUCGGUGUGCCUGACCCAAGCCUAACAUUAGGCUGAAAGCUGGAUUUCUCCUGGGGAGAACAGUUAAGGGACACUGGGAGUUACCCUUUAGAACUGUGUUCAGACGGAGGCUUCUGCAGUGAAGAAACUUUGAAUGACCUUCCGUGUCUCUGUUGAACCAAGGAUGUGCUGUGGCCUCAGCUCCCUGCAUCAGUAAAUGAAGACAGAGUGGAGGGGAGAGAUGUACUAAAUACACAGGGCUUAUUUCUUACUGCAUUUCAAAGCCUUUUUUGUUUUUUAAAAAAAUUGUUUAAAAUUUGUAUUGUCUGUGUAGAUAUUCUAAAUUUAUUCAGAAAUUGUGUGGAUGCCCAGCAGAUGGAAGUCUUUUUACAUACAUAUAAAAAGGAAAUGUUUAUGUAAUAAGAACAAUCGCCCACAAAA